AUGGAUGCAAGGCUUGUUCAGCAUGUCGCGAGCCCGACCUUGCCACGUAUGCACCAACGCAACAUGCAGAAACAUAGAUAUGCUCCUCGUAUUGUGGCUGUGAUGACAAGGCCUACAGAAAAUUUAGAACGGUUAGCAACUACAAAGACGGAGUAUAAUGACAACUGGUUUGACAGAAUUGCUAUUAAUCAUCUAUCGCGGAGUGUACAAGAAACUAUAGGAUUCAAGAGCAGCAAGGAGGGAUAUGAAGGUCUGGUCGAGGCCACAGUAGUAGCUAGGCAGCACUUUAGCCCAGACCAACAACUAGAACUGGUCACUCAAGCUCUGGAGAAAGCUUUUCCAAAGCCUAUUCUCUCAUUGAUCAGGACGGUGCUACCACCAUCUAAACUUCAGAGGGAAUUUUUUGCAGUGUUCACCACAAUAUUCUUUUCCUGGCUAGUUGGCCCUUGCGAGGUGAGGGAAUCAAAGUUCAAUGGGAAAGAAGAAAAGAAUGUUGUCCACAUCAAAAAAUGCAGGUUUUUGGAGGAGAGUAAUUGCGUCAAUAUGUGCACUAAUCUAUGUAAGAUGCCUUCGCAAGCGUUCAUUAAGGACUCCUUUGGAGUACCAUUCAACAUGGUUCCCAAUUUUGAUGAUAUGAGCUGCGAGAUGAUAUUUGGUCAGGAACCGCCUGUACUAAGUGAGGAUCCAGCAUUUGCGCAACCAUGCUACAAACUAUGCAACGCAAAGCAAAAGCACAGUAGAUCCUGCACUAGUUAAUUCAGAAGAGCAAUGGCCUACUGACAUUUUGAAAUUCUCAGGAUAACUCGUGACUGAAUGUCAAAGUAUCCUAUUCCAACAAUGUGCAGAUGAUUUGUGACACUUGUCAAUACACGGACAAUGAAGCUUCAUCAACACACACACACACACACAGAGUUAUAUAGAAUCCCAGGGCAUCCGUAAUCUUUUUAAAGCAACUUCCUAUAGCUGUAAAGUCACUGCAUUUGAAAAAAUUGUUGUAACCAAAAACCAAAGAAAAUUACAAGCAAAUACAUCUAUUAUACACAUACAAGCAUACAAUCAUA